AAUUAUACUAUAGUAUUAUGAUCGCUUUCCGACGCGCCAUGGCCCGAGCUAGCUCUGCUCUCUCGUCAUCUUCGUCUUCUCUAGCACGGAAAAGCCCUAGGUUGGCAAUCACUUCUAGUCCGAAGCUGUUCAAGGAAGUGUUCUUCAGGAAUCGUCUCUCUUUCCCGACACGCCUACCAAAUGCUAGCAUUCGCUGCUUCGCUUCCACAGCCUCUGGUACCGCUCCAGCUGAAACCAAGGAUAAAAUUAGAGUUCAAAAUCCUAUCGUUGAAAUGGACGGUGAUGAAAUGACGAGAGUAAUAUGGACGAUGAUUAAAGAAAAGUUGAUAUUUCCCCAUCUAGAAUUAGAUAUAAAGUAUUAUGAUUUGGGAGUACUGAACCGUGAUGCCACUGAUGACAAAGUCACUAUAGAAAGUGCUGAAGCUACUCUUAAGUAUAAUGUUGCUAUUAAAUGUGCUACAAUUACUCCAGAUGAGACCAGAGUCAAGGAAUUCGGACUGAAGUCUAUGUGGAAGAGUCCCAAUGGCACAAUAAGAAACAUUUUGAAUGGUACUGUUUUCCGUGAGCCUAUCCUAUGUAAAAAUAUUCCAAGAAUUAUUCCUGGUUGGAAGAAACCCAUUUGUAUUGGUAGGCAUGCUUUUGGUGAUCAAUAUCGUGCCACUGAUACUAUUAUUAAAGGAGCAGGAAAGCUCAAAAUGGUUUUUGAGCCUGAAAAUGGGGGAGCCCCGGAGGAACUUGAUGUCUAUGAUUUCAAAGGCCCUGGUGUUGCCCUUGCUAUGUAUAAUGUUGAUCAGUCAAUUCAUGCAUUUGCUGAAUCAUCAAUGGCAUUGGCAUUUUCAAAGAAAUGGCCCCUUUACUUGAGCACAAAAAAUACAAUUUUGAAGAAAUAUGAUGGAAGGUUCAAGGACAUCUUUGAAGAGGUAUAUCAGGAGAAGUGGAAAGCAAAGUUCGAUGAGCACUCAAUAUGGUAUGAGCACCGCUUGAUAGAUGACAUGGUAGCUUAUGCAGUAAAAAGUGAUGGUGGCUAUGUUUGGGCAUGCAAAAAUUAUGAUGGAGAUGUGCAGAGUGAUUUACUUGCUCAAGGAUUCGGUUCUCUGGGCCUUAUGACUUCUGUUUUGUUAUCCUCUGAUGGCAAGACUUUAGAAGCUGAAGCGGCUCAUGGAACUGUAACUCGUCACUUUCGGUUGCAUCAGAAGGGACAAGAAACCAGCACAAAUAGUAUUGCAUCCAUUUUUGCAUGGAGCAGAGGACUAGGACAUAGGGCUGAACUUGAUGAGAACAAGAAUUUAAUGGAAUUUGUUCAGAAACUAGAGGCUGCUUGCAUUGAGACAGUAGAGUCGGGGAAGAUGACCAAGGAUCUUGCACUGUUGAUUCAUGGACCCAAGGUAUCAAGGGAGUUGUACCUAAACACUGAAGAGUUUAUUGACGCUGUAGCACAGAAUCUCAGGUCAAAGAUCAGUGCUCCAGCACUUACAUGAAAUAAUAUGUAUACUUCCCCGUGAUUGCAAUUUGGAAAGCCUAGAGUUAAAUACAGAGCAGACAGACCAACCAUUCACAGCAAUACAUGGAUGAGAGGAAGAUAGUUUUGAGUUUUGACAUUGACUUACUUGCUUUUGGUUCCUUCUCACAGCAUAAAUUUAUCCAUCCAAUCCACAGAAAGGUUCCCAAAUCCUUUAGGUAAUGGAUUCAAAUCAAUUUGAACUAAAAUAUUUUUCAGAGCACGAUGAUUUUAAUAAAAUGCUUGAUAUUUUGAGCUGCUGAA